UGUCAAAGCUGAUGAAGAUGAAGGAGGGGAAGCCUGCAAAUCACUGACGUUUCCUGCUGCUGCUGCUGCUGCUGCAACGACGCUCAUCAAGAAGCCAUUCCUGCUGCGUUCAGGGUCAAGCCUACGCGGUCGGAGAACUCACGCUCCCGCUCAGACACAGCGUGAAUCUCGUCGUCAUCCGGAGGUGCUCCCCUCCACACACCCAUCCCUCACCCCCACUCUCUUUUUUUUUUUUUUUUUUGCUAGCAUAUCAUCGACCCCAGCAACGGUGGUGUUCACCGAGAUCUCCUCCUCCUCUUCUUCUUCUUCUUCUUCCUCGGAACACGCACGACUCACGGAGCGGACCUGCCGAGGCCAGAUUCCGGCAUUGCUACAGCGGGAUCCACCGCGACGACGCCGUGGGGGGGUUUCCUCCUCGUUUUCUUUUAACAUUUGACAAAUCUUCUUUGUGUGCGUAUAGGGUGGAGUCAAUCGGAAUUCUCCAAUUUGGGGGGAGAAAAAAAGCACCGACAUAUUUCAGGAAGCACGAUGAAGGACGGUAUCGCCAACAACAGCACAGCCAGCAUCUCCCAAGCUAGGAAAGCUGUGGAGCAGCUCAAGAUGGAGGCUUGCAUGGACAGGAUAAAGGUGUCCAAAGCCGCCGCAGACCUGAUGGCAUACUGCGACGCCCACAUACGCGAGGACCCUCUCAUCGUGCCCGUCCCCGCCUCCGAGAACCCUUUCCGGGAGAAGAAGUUCUUCUGCGCUAUUCUCUGAUGAGCCGCCUUGGCUUCUCUGUCUUCACCACACCUGAAGCCCACUUGCCGUGGGCGUCCAGUUGAGUUUAACCGGGUGGACACUGGUGUUGGUCGGCUCUGUCCUGGCGGCUGAGGGGUUCUACGGAGGGAGCCCGGUCUCAUGUCUUGUUCCAUAGGUUUGUUAUUGCUUUGUUUUAUUAGAGAACAGCCUUUGCUUCAGUGCUUCAUGAGGUAAGAGGUGAAUUUUUUUUUUUUUUGGGUAGCUUUUAUCGUAUGUGAACAUGCCUCAGGAAACAGACAUGUGCCCAGUAAAUAUCGUCAUCCAUUUCUGCGUUAUCUUGAACAUCAGUGCCUUUCAGUGAGCAAGCUUGAGGUAUUUGCAGCACACCGCACUGAAAGCACGACCACAACGUGACACGUGGUUCAUUUCACCGCUUUUCCCCCUAAUCAAACUAUUGGAGUCCACAUCCAAACAGCCAUCAGAUAGCUUCCAGAGUGAAAUAUUCCGGUGAGAAGAAAGCUCAUCAGUUUGUUCAAGCGACACAACAUCGCUGUGUGCGCACGCCUUUUUAGUCCAAAUGAGCUAAUAAACCUUCCUAGCUUCAUCCUGAUGUAUUCCACCUAGGUCGUUAGUUCCAUUUAAGCUUCAAUCAGACUUCCAUUUCACCUCGCAGCUUCUGAUUAGAAUGCUUUUCCCAAGUCGGAAUUGAUCACGUGUUUGCUGGGCAUGUUUCCUUGAGUGAACGGCGAGGCCUUUGAUGCCAAAACGGAAGGCCUGCAUGUUCCUCUGCUACUUUUUUUUUGGACGGCCGCCUCUUUGUUUCCAAGCAGCUGUUCCAGUGUACAGUAUGUUUCAGUGCCAAUCCCUUGGAGAGCCGUGUCAUCAUCACACUGGGCUCCCGUACUUUGUUUUUUUUUUUGUUCUUAUUUUGGGUUCUGUUCGGGAAGAAAAAGCACACUGUUGAGACAUUUCCUUUACAUGGUAUUUAAAUAGCAUUUACAAAUUUUUAUGAUGAAUUGUCGAUGAUGGUUUGUUAAUAUCUUUAUUAUGAGUAGUUCUUAUUGAAUAUUUGUUG